AUGCCGCAUCAACAUUUGUUACAAGCGAGUUGUAUUCGUGUUGGCAGGAAAAAAGCUGAAAAUGACAAAUGGAUUCCAUCGGCCAAAAAUAUUUCGAGAAAUCAUCUAAAAUUCAUAAGACACGGAUCACCAGAAGACUGGCAAAAUGUCCGUUGGUCUCUUCAAGAUCUUGGCGCUAGUAAUGGAACCUUCAUCAAUACGGAUCGUCUGCCCAAUAACGGAGCUGAAGUCUUGAAUGCGGGAGAUCUGAUAGGAAUUGGAACUCAAGAUGAUCGUAGUAGUAAGGAUCGAGGGGAGGAAACAUAUGUUUAUUGUAUCAGAGCACCCCCGGCUUUCAACCAGUUAAAUGCAAACGGAGAUGAUGAUAUUGAAACAGACGAGGAUACCCCGCCUCCUAGUGUCGAAUCUGAACAUAUUGGAGAAAAUUUGUCAUCCUCCUCUCUUCAUGGAACCUCAUCCUCGACACUUCAACAUUCAUCAUCAUCUAAACCCUUGGAAACCUCAUCCCAUCCUCCUCAUGCAUCCUCGACCACAACUCAACCAUCCUCUUGUCCUUCUUUACAAACAUCCUCUUCAUCCUCAGUAUUUAAGAUUCUUCAGAAAAAUGAAUACGCCGACAAAGAUGGAAAGUCGGCAAAACCUGCGGGUAACCCUGAAAAUAAACCAGCAGAGAAGCAUGUUGAAACCACUUUAGAGAAACCUUUAGAAGCUUCAAAAGAAAACCCUUCAGAAACCCCUGAAAAAAAACCUACAGAAGCCUCUGAAGAUAAACCCAAAGAAGCCUCUGAAGAUAAACCUACAGAAGCCCCUAAAGAGAAACUCUUAGAAGCUUCUGUAGAGAAACCUUUCGAAGGCCUCAUAGAAAAAACAAUUGAAGACUUAAAAAAGAAACCAUUAGAAAUUCCAAAAGAAACCUCUUUAAAAGCCUCUAAAAAUGAAUCCGAUGUGAAGAAAUCAAACUCAAAGGAAGCACAGAGCGUAGCAAGUUCUUCUACAUCCAGUAGAAAUAAUCUCUCUACUCAGAAUAAGAAGGGAGAAAAGAGAAUUUGUGUCAACAACUCUGGAAGUGAAGAUGAUGCCCCAGUAAGGAAGAAAACUAGGAUUUCUCCAAGUUCGUUCAGUUCCUCCAAUAGUAGUGUAGACCUUACAAGUGAUAGUGAACCAGAUCUUGCGACUAUUAUUUCGACAUUGAAAAAUAAGAAAAGUCAGGUUUCGGUGAAAUUUAUUCCUCUACCGAAAAGAGCAGUUGGAGCCAAACUCAAUCAAAAGUGUAUACUAAAAGACGGGGAGCUUAAUGUGCAGUACAGUGUACGCAGAUGGAAGACGGUAUCUGUAGUACAGUACAAGCUAAUAUCCAGGAGGUGGAGAGGGUUGGCAGAUGAUGGUUCACAAGGAACUCCCCUCCUGGCUUUUCUAGAUUCUGGCGAAGGAAGUGGAAUAGAAAGUGAUUCCGAGAGUAAGAGUGAAAGUGAGAGAGAAAGUUCUGGAGAAAGUGACGAAGAAAACAGUGCAGGGGGAAAGCAACGGACCAGGAAAAGAAAACGUAAACACAAAUCUAUCAAACUCCCGAAGGAUGAGAGAAAAGAUGGUCAGAGCUCCAGACCGUCAGGGUCAGCUCAGGGUAGACCUUUUCAACAAUCUGAUUUCAGGAAGCAAACUCGACCCUCACGACUCACCGGACCUUCGGGAUUUAAAUCAGGGUUGCCAGGUUCCAGGCUAGUGCCUGUACCAGGGAACUAUGAGGAUAUUAGCAGUGACGAAGCAAUCAAUUUUGAACUGGAGAUCAUUGGUCAGGAUAAUAUCAGGCGAAGUAUAAUUGCAAAUGAAAAGUUCUCCGUGAUCAGAGCUCUGAAUGCCAGCCCUGUUCUAGCACCCAGAUCAAGUUCGGGGCCUUUCUCUACCUCAGAAGAGAGUAGGUCUGGACAACCUACUCCGGACCCUAAACCAUCAUCAGACCAUUCUUCUGGAUCGGAAAUUCCAAAUAUUGGUUCAAGUUUAGAUGUACUGCCUGGUUCCAAAUCUAGCAAUGAAUUAGUUGCAAAAGUAUCUGAUACAGGAGAAACUAAAGGCUCCGCUGGUACAUUUGCUGUAGGAUCUUUAGAGAUUAUUUCUAAAGAACAAGUUGCAAGAUCUUCUAAAAAAACAGGGGAGAAAGAAAGAACAGUGCUCAAGCCUCUGAAAUCUGCAUUAAAAAAGAGAAAUCCUGUUCUUGCUUUUCAGUCGGAAAUAGGAGAUGCAGAAGGAUCAGGAAAUGGAACUGGAGCAGGAUUAGGAGUUGUUCCUAAACCAGGAUCUGGAAAUAUACCAAGCUCAGGAUCAGGCCCAAGAGCACGGUUAGAGAUAUCUGAUGAUUCCGAUGAGGAUAUGUACGCUCCUCCCACCUCUAAAAGUGUCUCCAGAGACCCUACUUCAGAGACUAAACCCGAGGUCAAGAUAAAACAAGAAAAUGAAAAGGAGUUGAAGAUAAAAGCUGAACUAAUCAAGUCUGCUGGGUUCGAUCCCCAAUGGUUUCCACAGGCUACUAAUGUAAAUGAUGAUGAUGUUAUUUAUAUCAACGAUUCUGACGAUGAAGAUGAAUAUAUAUCCAUGUCGCAAUCUGUUUUGUCGGAGGAUGGAAGAAACGAGCAGAGCGAGCCAGAAAACGAGCAAAGCGAGCCAGAGAACGAGCAGAGUGAGUGCGACUUGGACGUUGAAAUACUAGAAUACAAGAGAAGGGAAGAAGAUAAGAGUGGUGGCGAGAGUUCAGGAGUAGAGGAUAGUGAUGACAACGAUAUUGUUGCUUCAUCUCAAACUGGUUUAUUCCGCACAAUCGUCGCCAAACAUAAGCUGCCCAUCAAAACUUUUGUCAAGAUAAAAUGUGAAGGUUCUCAAAGCUUCACUGAAGAAGAGGUUUGUACGAACUUUUCAACUGAUCUAACAAGAACCAGCUCAGGGGGAGGAGAAGAGGAGAGCCAGAGUCUUUUAGACAACCAGGAGGAUGUGGAAGAGGAUCUUGUAAACGAUGUUCUAGAGACUCUAGGUCUGUCUGCUGAUACUGAGCUUGUGAAAGCUGCAAUAUUAAAGGACAAGGAGCUGGGGGGACCAAUCUCAUAUGAGAAUGUUUUCAAAUUUGCCAGGGAUGAGAUUGAACAGAGGUUGGUGGACGGGGUGAUGAAGAAGGUUGGAUGUAGCCGGGGGCUGGUCAGGGAGUGCUUGGCAGAGUUGAGAGGAGAGGAGCAGAUGGUUUUUAUAGAAACUAUAUCCAAGGAAAUUCUUAUCAAGAACUCUCUUACAGAGUUCCUUUGUCAGUCACCCUUUUAUAGCAGAGAUAUGGUCAGUUGCGUACUGGAUGAAUUCCAAGCUGAACAGAAGGAUUUUGAUAGAGAAAUUGUGAUUGAAGAACUAGAGAAAAGGAAAAGGAUAAAUGAAGAAAAGAUAAAAUAUGCGAAAUUGGCAACCAAAGUUCUUGCAAAGAAGACACAAAAACUUGAAGAUGAGGAUCCAAAUGAAGACUUGAAGAAAGAUGAAAGUGUAAAAUCCCCGGAACUGGUUUGCAUUAGUGAUGAUGAUGGAAUACCAAUGGAUGAUGAUGCACAAUCUGAUGAUGAUUCCUCUAAACCAUUAAUAGCGGAUCCGUCUAGAUCUGAUGAUAAUGAUCAUUGCCCAAUAUCAGCACUGGAUCAUCGUACAAGUUCUGCUUUGGAUAGUUUAGACCAAGAUGAUGAAUGCUCAAGGUCAGUAUUAGAUAAUACAGACAAUGAAUCAAUUGAUGAUCUUCUAAAUGAUUCUGACAACGAAGAGCUUGUGAAAAUCUUGGAUGCCGGAGAAGCACAUUUAAAGAAACAGUCGAAACCAAUCCAACAACAAGAAUCAUCAAGCAAGAAACAAGACCUGAAGUCCUUGACUGAAAAACAUCUGUUUGAAGACGACAGCUCUGAUUUUGAGUCAGAACAAACUGCCACCAAAUCUGUUGAGCCAGAAAAGGUAAAGCCUCCAACAAUACGACAAGGGCCUAUUCUUAUGGAUGCCCUACCUCAACCUCAUCGCAAGGCCUUUAACCGAGGUAUCUCCCAGCAGACUGUCGGGGAGCUACUCUCCAAGUCCUCGAAGCAAGGCAGUAAACCCUUGAAGAAGGCUGAGCCCACUCCCAAGUAUGGAGGAAUGUUCCAGAAGAAAGCUCCAGAAGUUGACCGACCUAAAUCAAGGACGGAGCAAGUAGAGGAGAGAAAGCAAAGGCUGCGGGAGGUUGCAGAGAAAGGAAAGAAGCCGGAAAAGGCAAAACCUACUUCCUCCGGGCCUAUGGGGGUUAUGAAGUCUUCUCAGCCCAAAAACAAGAAAUUGUUAGAGGAUAUGCAGACAACCAUGAAACCUGUUUCUAGAAAGCCUGCUGAAAAACCAAGAAUAUCUGAGAAGAAAACGAAUGUACAAGCAGCUGCUGGAAUCACAAGACGUAGAAAUACUCUUCCAGAACAUUCGGAUUCUGUUCCCGCUGUGAAGCCUCGUGUUCGCCACCUGUCCGAGGCUGACGAGGACCGGGUAGAAGCUGAAAAAGAAGAUGAGGAAGACGAAGAUGAUGAUGAUGGUCAGAGGCCAGUGGGGUUUCUAGAGGCAGAAGCUAUGACAGACAGGAUGGCUGCUAGAAAGAAGAAGAUGGAGCGAACUGAAGAAGGGUAUAGGAUGAAGAAGAUGUCUGCUGAUAAUAUUGAUUACAACGUCUUAUCCCAGGAUAUAUCUAGGAAGCCUGUAAAGCCGGUCUUCUUGAAUUAUUCAUCAGUAAGCGCUCAAAAUCUGUCCUCAAAGAAGAAGAAGAAGAAGAGGAAGAAACUUUCCUGGAGAGACACGAAAGGAUUGCCAUUGACAGAUGUUCGAUUGAUUGAAGCUGACAACAAAAAUUUCAAAGUCAAAGAUAUGAAAGCGAAGGAUAUCAUGAACCACCAAGGCAAUCAAUUGGAGAAAAAGAAAGAAUUUUCAACGGAUGAUUUCAUCAAAAUUAUGUUGCACUGGUCUGUCAAGUGGAUUAAGGAGAGAAAGCUGUACAAGGAAGAACCUCCAGUUCACUCUAACUACUCUGCCAUCAAUCUCCCCGCUAAGUUUAACUGUUACGAGGAGUAUAAGCGCCUAUUUCUCCCUCUGAUCCUACUGGAGAUGUGGUCCUUUGUUAGCGGAGAAGCAGAUGAAAAGGAGGCACGAGGAGGAGAGGAUGUUCUCCCUGUCAUGGUCCAGGAGAUUACAACAGAUUCAAAGUUCAGGAGAUUUACAUGCUGCAGCCUUCUCACAGAGAAUGAGGCAAAAAGGGACCCGGGACAAAACGGUAUGCUUGUGUCCUUGGGGCUCAGCUACCAGAUCAAUAACUUGAGGCAGAAGGAGAUCCGAGCUGUGUUUGGUUAUGUGGAGGAGGUCAAGAAAACUCGGAUAAAUGACAUGAAGUUAAAUGAGAACGAGAAUCAGCAAAAGAAUCUGAUUAUGAAGAUUAAGAAGGAAAGGAAUGUCGAGUAUUGGACCACAUACAGAAUAAAAGCUAAGCUUGCAGCGGAUAAUCCAGCAGAUAAAACUAAACUGUGCAUUGACAAGCCAAUCAUAGUUAAGUUCCUGGCUCGGAUAAAGCCUGAGCUGCGGAAGGUUCAAGCCCUGCUGGAAUUACCCAAUUCUAAACUAAAACAUUGUAUUGUUAAUCCGCAGCUUAAUCAUCUUUCUGUCAGGCCCGGGAAUGAUGCUUUGCAUGUGAAUAUCAAAGAUAUAUCUCAGUUUAAGAUCUUGAAUGAGAUGCAGAGAAGAAUAGUUGUCAGCGUAUCUAGAUCUUGUCUCGAGAAUCCGGAAGAACCAAAAGUUCAUCUUAUUCAAGGGCCUCCUGGAACAGGCAAAUCCUCAACUAUUGUUGGAAUUAUUCUUCAGUUAAUCACCUCCAGACUUGGUAGCGUGGUGGGGGAGAGUUCCAAGAAUGACCGUGCGAGCGUGCCGCGUAUUCUUGUCUGCGCACCCUCGAAUGCCGCUGUGGAUGAAUUAGCGCUGAAACUGAAGGAUGUUAAAGAAAGUUUACCAGAAUCCAAGCAGUUCACCUUUAUCAGGAUGGGGGUAGUCAAGUCGAUGAACCCGAAUAUAAAGGCGCACAGCUUUGAUAACCUCCUGGAUAUGAUGGUAACUGCCGAUACAAGAAAGGUGAAGUGUUCAAGCUCUUUGGAAAGUGAUUUGACGAGUAAACAGACACGAGCUAAUGGUCUCUACAAGGAUUCACAGCUAGCUAAAGAUCAGGGAAACCUGGACCUAGCGGCGAAACUAGAGAGGGAUUGGAGGGAUGUAAUGAAGGAAAAAGAGAAGAUAAAAGUAUCUUUAAACAAACCUCUGGAACACAAACAGAGAAAUCAGAUCAGAGAAGAUGCUAUUCAUAGAUUGAUGAAGAAUGUUGAUAUCAUUCUAACAACCCUUUCCUCAUCUCUAAAUCAAGUUAUGGAUAACUACUUUAUCAGAGGUACUGGAUCUAAACGUGACAUGGAAUGCAUGAGAAAAAUCUCAGUUUGUAUUAUGGACGAAGCAAGUCAAUGUGUAGAACCAGAGUCCUUGAUGCCCCUGAAAAUGAAGUUCACAAAGUUGAUCCUGGUUGGUGAUCAUGAACAACUCCCUCCCACAGUCACCAGUCUGAAAGCCAAGAAAUGUGGUUUCAAUCAAUCACUUUUUGACAGAUUAGUAAAACUGUACAGUACUGGCGGGGGUAGACAAGACAAUGACGGUAUAAGCCCAGGACCACUUCUCAAGCUCAAUACUCAAUACAGGGAAAUCUGCUUUUUAAUCUUAAAAAACAAGGAUCAGCACUUUAUUUAUGUUGAUGUCAUUUUAAGUCAAAAACAGGCAUGUCACGCAUACACCCUUUACAACUUGUCGUCUUAUUGACGACGGAAAUAUCCUUCUUUUGCGACAACUCAAAAAGAAUUUAAGCAAGGAAGCUCAAAUUUUCGGCUUUUCUAAUUUACAUCAUGUUAACUUGUUAAGGCUAAAAGCUGGGCUAAUUUAUACAACUGCCUGAGU